AUGUCCUUCAGCCAGCGGAAUCCGCCCGAGCACUCGGCGGGGCGACAAUAUCGCCCGUACAAUCUCAUCGUAACGGCGUUGAUGGCAUUGGGAUCUGUGAGUGCCGGAUACUCUGCUUCGAUCAUCGCCACGACUCUGGCUCAGCCAUCCUUUUUGACCUACUUUGAGCUGCUCACCCGACCCAACGGCACCGAACUUAUUGCGACAACCAACGGGCUGUUCUUCACUGGUGGAGUUCUGGGUACUGUCACAAUCUCAUUCUUCGCCGAUAAAUGGGGCCGCAAAUGGGCCAUUGGCAUCUCCUCCAUGCUCAGCCUCGUUGCAAGCGCACUCCUCGCCGGUAGUGUGCACAUUGGCAUGUUCAUCGCCAUCCGCACCUUGGCUGGGGCAGGUGUUUUCAUGCUGGUGGCAGCGAUUCCGGUCUGGAUCAGUGAGACAGCACCCCCUAACAUUCGUGGCAUCCUUGUCGACUUCCACAGCAUUGGCAUCCUGUUUGGCUAUGCCUUAGCGUCCUGGAUUGGCUACGCCUUCUAUCAUCUACCUCCGACAGACAAUAUGGCUUGGCGAGGGCCUUUCGUGGUGGGAUGUGGACCCCCAUUCCUGCAUCUGGUCGCCCUCUGGAUGCUGCCCGAGUCUCCUCGAUUCUUGUUGAUGAAUGGAAAGUCCGAUGCUGCAGAGAAAACUUUACGGCGACUGCACACUGCGAACGAGGCCACUGCUGAGUUCAUGCAAAUAUCGGCCGCGAUCGAGGUCGACAAGCACCUGGAGAGCUCGUGGAUCUCGAUGAUCAGGAAGCCCGCCUAUCGAAAGAGGGCGCUUUUGAUCAUGGCCGUUGUCCUGGGCGUCGAGUCUUCUGGAGUACUGGUCAUUAACAACUAUGGGCCCACAAUCUAUGCCAGCCUUGGCUUCGACGUCAAUACUCAAUUUGUCUAUCAAAUUGGCUGGAUCACACUCUCUCUAGGAGGCGGUCUUCUUUCCUUCCUGAUCAUCGACCGCGUUGCUCGGCCCAAGCUGCUUGCCAUCGGUAUGGGCAGCUGCGCGGCAUGUUUGAUUAUCCUGGCGGCCAUCGUGUCUCGGUUCGCGACCUCACCCGAGUCUUUGGCCCAUCCGAAUAAAAGUGCCUUGCGAGCCGCGGUAGGCAUGAUGUACGUCUAUAUUCUAGCCUUUCAAUUCUUCCUCGAUGGCACCAUGUAUGCCUACAUGGGCGAGCUGUUCCCCAAUCAUCUUCGCGCCAAGGGCCUGGUCAUCGCAAUUGCAACCCUAACAGGCAUCAACAUUCUCUGGACUCAGGUGGCGCCAGUUGCCUUUACCAAUAUCGGUUGGAAAUUCUAUCUGUGCUUUAUCAUCCCCACCGCAAUGUUUGGAAUUGCUCUAUGGUUUUUCUUGCCAGAUACUCUCGGAGUUCCCCUUGAGGAAGUUGCGAGGAUCUUUGGAGAUCACGAAGAGAACUACAUACGACCCAACUGUGGACCUUUCCAACUGUCCACCCAAGGCAAGCACGAGAAUCCCGAGGAAAGAGUUGAGGAAAUCCUUGCUUCCGCCUAG